CUUAGCGUUUUAUCUUAUCAAUAUCUUGCUGAAUCUUCCUUUUUUGAAGCUCGCUUUUGAGCUGUAUUCGGGGUGGAAGUGGCGGAUACAAAUGAUCUCGCGCCGGAUGAGCGGAGAGGGAAUAACGGCAACAAGAAUUAUUGCAUCAUCGGCAUACCAUCAUCUCUCGCCUUCAAGGACAACAACUCUCUCAUACCGGUUUCGUUCAUGAGCAUUCUUGGCCAGGUGAAUAUUAGAAAAUAAGAAAUCCCAGAAUCAUUGAAAAUGCUGUACUGCCCACCUAAUGUAACGUUUGACCACAUCUGGGUAAACCAUGGCAUUUCCCAUUGUUUCCUGGAUACUGUCACCUCUGCAGUGUAUGCAGCCUUCAUUCUGCUGUUUGGUACAGGGCAGUGGGUUAUGUAUCGAAAAUAUGCCACUGUCACAGACCAGUAUUUACGGCCCAAGUCAGUGCUAUUUGGGAUGCAGGUCUUUUUAACGGUAUUGAUGCUUUUUAUAGCUAUUGCAAGGCUUACACUCCAAGCAACAGUUAUAGGUGACCAUGUGAUAUAUGGGUACAUGAUUCUGUACUUUUGUUGCAACGUCAUCUGCUGGCCGUUGUCACUUCGUAUUGUGUUCCUGGAGAGGAACUACCUUCUGCCAACAGUCCCUACUAGAGGUCAUGGAGUGGUUCUCCUUGUUUUUUGGACUCUUGUUUUCGUGUCUGAAAAUCUUGCGUUUCUUAACCUACGAAAUGAAGACUGGUGGUUUGACUUGACUACACUUACAGACAAGAUGGAGUUUGUCUUGUUUCUACUCCGUUAUGUAAGUGGCUGCUUGCUUUUUAUUCUGGGACUCAAAUCCCCUGGUAUCUCCACUCUGCGUGACUAUGUGAACUUUGGGGGAACACUCAAUGAUCAAGAAGAAAACAAUGCGCAGUCCGAGAAUCGUAACAACAGUGCAGGAUCAACAUGGCGCAAUGUAUGGAAAAAGUUGCGUUUGCUUAUGCCGUUCAUCUGGCCGAAAAAAAGUGUCCUCUUGCAGUUGAAUGUCAUCUUCUGUAUUAUACUCUUACUCAUAGGCAGAGUCGCAAAUUUAUUUGUCCCUAUUUAUUACAAGAUGAUAGUUGAUGGCCUUGGAGGAAGUGGGGGCACCCCAUAUUUUUGUUGGGACUAUGUCCUCAUUUACAGUGCUCUCAAGUUCCUACAGGGAGGGGGUACUGGAGGAAUGGGUCUACUCAAUAAUGCACGCACUCUCCUCUGGAUAUCAGUGCAACAGUAUACUAGUCGAGAAGUACAGCUCCAACUUUUUUCCCAUCUCCAUAAUCUCUCCUUGAGAUGGCAUUUAGGACGCAAGACUGGGGAAGUAUUACGCGUAAUGGACCGUGGCACCAAUUCAAUUAAUUCCUUACUCUCUUACAUUGUAUUCAACAUUGCACCAACUGUGAUUGAUAUCAUUGUUGCCAUUGUGUAUUUUACCACUGCUUUCAACUAUUGGUUUGGCAUCAUUGUUUUUGUUACUAUGGCAAUUUAUUUAGGUUUUACCAUUGGGUUGACUGAAUGGAGGACCAAGUUUCGUCGAAAGAUGAACUUAGCAGACAAUGAACAGAGAACAAGGGGUGUAGAUUCCCUCUUGAAUUUUGAAACAGUAAAAUAUUAUGGUGCUGAGGAAUAUGAGGUCAACAGGUAUAGAGAAUCAGUACUAGAAUAUCAGGAGGAUGCUCAGCUGCUAUUAGUACCUCAAGGACGAAUUGAGUUUAAGGAUGUUUCUUUCCACUAUUCUCCUGAGAGGCCAAUUUUAAAGAAUAUUUCUUUUGUUGCUGAACCUGGCCAAACCAUAGCUAUCGUUGGGCCAACAGGGAGUGGAAAAAGCACUAUCAUGAGGCUCAUUUUCCGUUUCUAUGAUGUCAUUAGUGGAGCAGUUUUUGUGGAUAACCUGGACAUCAGAGACUACAAGCAGAAUUCUCUACGUCAAGCUAUAGGUGUUGUUCCCCAAGAUACAGUGCUUUUCAAUGAAACUAUUUUUUACAAUAUUCACUAUGGAAAGGUAACUGCACCUGAUGCAGAUGUGAAAGAGGCUGCUAAACAUGCAGACAUUCAUGAGAAGAUUUUAACAUUUUCAGAACAAUAUGACACAAAGGUGGGAGAGAGAGGUCUUAAAUUGAGUGGGGGUGAAAAGCAACGUGUGGCUAUUGCCCGUACUAUAUUGAAGAACCCAGCCUUCAUACUACUUGACGAAGCUACAAGUGCUCUUGAUACACAGACUGAACGGAACAUUCAGGCUGCCUUACAGAAGGUUUGCAAAGAACGAACAACAGUUGUGGUGGCUCAUCGACUUUCUACAGUCAUAAAUGCUGACGUUAUUCUUGUACUAAAGGAUGGAGAUAUUAUUGAAAGGGGAAGACAUGAAGAGUUACUUGGCAUGGGUGGAGUCUAUAGUAAUAUGUGGCAGCAACAAUUAGAAGCUAAUAAUAAUGCAGAGAGCAGUAUGUCCACUGAGGAAGGUGCAACUGCUGUAGAUGAGGCUAACUUGGAACCACCAAAAGUUAUUGUCCAAACUGGGGUCCGCAUACCCCUGGGGCUACGCAACAUAGAUCAUGAGGGUACGUGAACAAACAAGGAACACACACAUACACACACACACAACAGAAACAUCCCAUCAGUGAACAUCAGCCUCAUAUCUCACAUUAAGUUGUGUAAGUAAUUUUCAAGCAUUUUUUUUAUUAAAUCAUCAUUUUUAUUUGUUUAAUAAAUUUGAAUUUAUUGACCAACACUCCUAUAAUGCAGUCUUUUCAUAAUUAAUAUACUAUUUGCAUGAUUAUCCUAAAUAAAACUGAGUUUGGUCAGCCAUGGUGGGCGAGGGGGUGGGGGCUAUGUAACAGUAGGAGAAGGUAAUAAAAGGUACAAUGGGCGAAAAUGUUUGGACAACACUGGUCUCUAUAAUUUUAGAAGUAUUAUGACACGAGAUGUACAAGUGGCGGAUUUUGUCACUUUUAUAUUACAGAAGGAACCAAGGAGAGUUGAAACCAUCUUAAAAGUAAACUACAGCCUAAUGCAAUUGAAAUGGUUCCGUUAGAUUGGUCUUCGUAGGCGACUCCAGAUAGUUAUCUUAAGCAUUACAAGGUAAUGUUCUUCACUGGUAAUACAUAUUGCAGCCAUACAUUAUUCAAGAAUUUGCUGUCAAACUACUGAAGUGCAUUUUAACCCUAGGAAUGGUAAUGAGAUGGUUUGUUAAUUUACAAUUUAUGUAUAUACCUAGUUAGCCCUUUCAUGAAAAUCCAUUGUGAAUUUAAGGUGGGUUGCAUGUUUGCUCCCUGAAAAUAGAGUCAUUUACAGACAUGGCAACAUUUGCUUUUGCUGGUAUGGAAGCUUUUAUUCCAGAUGAAGUUGGGGAGACAGUGUCAAUUCAUCAGUCCUAAAUAGUAUUUUUAGGACAACUGAUGAGUUCUGAAUAGUGUUUUGACGACAACUAAGAUAUCCUGUGAUAUAGGGAGCCAGCACUUAUUUCAUUUCCUAUGAUUGUGGUAAACAAGAAGGGCUCUUGUUGUUCAUGAUUUGACAUUACCUAUUUCAAUGUAAUAUUCAUUAGUUUACAAGAAAAGUUAAUUUUCAGACAAGAUGUUUUUAGUAAGGCAUUAGCUUUUGUAUUUUUGCAAAGUUUUAUUGUCUGUAUUCAUCAAAAAGUCAAUGACUAUAUUUUUUUGGCAGCAGAGCUGCUUGUAUGUUGAAGCAGUACCACCACUCAACCAGUCUUGGGUAUCUUUUUGAACCAGACAUAAUUUUCUUUGGUUAUUAGCUCAUAUUUGCUGCUGUUGUAAGUAAUUUUGCUGCAUAAUGUUGGAUACUUAUAAAUUAAAGGGUGUGGCUACUCUUGCAGUGUUUGUGUUACUUGUAUAUAUUGUAUAUUUUAUUAUCUGUGAAAAUUAGUUUUGCCAUCCUCAUGAACUUCAAUCAUUUUUUUCUAUAUUUCCUGAGUUUUCUCAUACAGAAGAAAUUAUCAAUGCAUGUAAAGCUUGGUUCAGCCAACAGCAAUACCUCCAGUAAAUUUAUUCCUUCUGUUGUCAAGAACCUGCUCAUUGGUUUUGUCUCUGACAGUGACAAUGAGUAAUCCAUACGGGACACUUGCUGGAGUGCAAAAGAUUGUCUACUGGUACCUGAAUCAAGUAUAUUGUUGAACCUAUGUCAGCAGAAAGACAGUGGCAUCCAGGUCAAUUUCUCUGGUCUCGGGGAAUUCAGCAGUGCUUCUCUUGGUGCCUGAAUUCCCAUUCCAUUGAUUCCUGGCAUUUAGAAAGUGUACGUUUUCAUGCAUUAGACCAGGUGGAAUAAGACAUAUCUGACUAUUUUAAGAUAAUUUAGCUUUCUGGUGAAAUUUAUGAAAGGUAUGAAGACUUAAGGCAGAGACCACAUCGUAUGGCCACGAGUUCUCCAUUAGGUUGUUGUCAGUGGUAUGAUCUUAACAGAAAAAUGUAACAACUUUUCAAGGAACACAAUAGUUUUAGUAGCUUCAUCAGUGAUGUAAGAUAGAAAAUACCCAAAGCUCAUUAAUAGUAUAAAGUUUAUCUAGUGUGGGUCACUAAAAAAAUUUGGCCAGAGAGUCAGUUAGUAGUCCUUAGUCAGGAUCCAGUUGAGGAGUUCCCUGCUCUCUAUCCAGUCAUAGCCCAGUCAAGAGUGAUUAUAUUUAGGAUCCAGACAGAAUUGAUGGCACUACCCAAGGAGUGAUUGUACUCCAUUCAGGAAUCAUUUAAGAAAAAAUUCCACCAAAGGCUAGUCAAGACAUCACCAACACCAGUCAGAGCCCAUUAAGGAAUGACUGGCCCCCAUCUCUGACCUUGUCACAGAUGACAAUGGUAAUGUCAAGGUACAGCUUAACCAUUCAGGCCCAAACCAAAAAGGACCUAUUUGAAGUCUACAGUUGUGGACCCUUCUGCAGUGAAAUUGCAUUCUGGCCAUACAACAACAGCUAUAUAAGCUGCAGAGUCAGGGACCCAAUUAGUCUGCAAAUGGAGUACUAUAUUCCUCUGUCUCUUGAAUCCUCCAAAGCCUUACAUUUAAGGCAAGAGGUUAUCUAUAAGCGAUGAUCUUAGGAAAGGAAUUGCUAUAUGAAGAGAACAGUGCCUUCAUGAGUAAUAUCAAGUAACUUUGAAACAUUAAAAAACUGGGAACCUUUUGCGAGAAAAAACUCGGUAACAGCUCACAAAGGACUAGGACUCGUUUCUGCAACACACACUAUACAUUUCCAAGGGCAGCGUCCUGCAGAGAUCCAAAAAGGUCGAGGUAACCUACUUGGACCCAAGUCUUAGUACAGGUACUCUACUAGGCAGUCAUGUUUAGCCUGCUGGAACACUUCCCAAGAGCUAUUGUGAUUCUGUGGCAUCGGUAAUUAACAGCUUUGGAGUUCCUUGGAACUUUCAUAAGGUUGACUAUCAUAUUUGGAGAUUAACUUCCUUACUGGAAUUCCUUUCACAUCUAAUCCAUCCUAUCUGCCUCCUUGACCUUAGGUGAGUCAAAAUAGUUUUAUAUAGAAUUUAAUUUUUUUGUAAAUUAACCCACCUACCAGGCUUCAUUGUCCUCUGGCAAUUUUAUUUAUGAUUUGAUAAGUGAUUGCUUGGCCCAGAGUAGUGGUGAAUGUAUUAGAAAAAUUAAUAUGUAUAUUGGAAGCAUAACUUUAUAAUAAUGCAUGCACCAUGAAGUUCUUUAUUUUAGGUUUCCUCCUUGUAAUGCCCAUUUAAGAGUUUCUCACAGGUUAUCUCUGUGAGUGUGUCAGAUAAAGUUCCUUUACUGUGUAAGACCAGUGCUCAAAGUGUAUCACAACAUUUGUUAAGUUUGUCGGCUCUUUUUGUUAUAAGGUUAGUGAUAUUUUUUUUCCUGGCUGUUUAAGUUAGUAAUAAUUUCAAAAAUAACAAUGUGUGUGAACAUUGUUUCAUUCACUCAAUAUUUUAACAUCCAUCAGGAGUGGUCAGCUUUUGUAUGGGUUUGGUUCUUGUUGAUCUCAGAAUAUGUAAUCGCCUCGGUUUGCAAGUUAUGUCAGUUUAUAUAUAUUGUGGGUUAUAGUUGUAUUUAAUCUGAAUCAUUUAGUAGCAAUGAAGAGUUUGGUGAUCUUUUCUUCUUAAUAACAUAUUACAGUACCUGUAAUUUAAUGUGAUGCUCAGUAACAGAAGAAAUGCAUUGUGUUAUAAAAGUGUACUGUAAUUUAGGAAAAUGCAAUAGCCUGUAGAAAUGGUAUGUAUAUAUAGUUUAAAAUGUCUAAAUAAAAAGUAAUGGUUUUA